AUGACUGCAGGCCAUGAAAGCGCCGCGGCCGCCACCUCCGCCACCGGAGACGACGCAGCCCGCCUCCGGCUGAUCAUCGCCGAAAAGAAGUGGGUAGGCUUCGACCUGGACGACACCCUGCACGAAUUCCGCCGAGCGUCGUCCGCCGCCGCCGGCCAAGUGUUCGACGCCAUCUCGCAACGCCACGCGCUCUCGGUGCCCCAGCUCAAGGCUGCGUAUUCUGAGAUACUCCGGGAAAAGACCGCCGGCGCCUUCGCGGACGGCAAGACCUCGUUCGACUAUCGAAGGAUCCGGUUCUCGGCCCUGUUGGCGCACUUCUCCGUCCAGCCGGACGACGCGUUUCUCGAAACGCUGCUCCAACUCUACGAAAGUGCGCUCACGGCCUCUUUGGAGCUGAAGGCCGGUGCGGUGGGCUUGCUCUCCAAGAUUAAGCGCUCCGGAAGACAGGUAGUCAUCAUUACAGAGGGUCCUCAAGACGCGCAGGAGCGGACGGUGGAAGCCCUGGGGAUCCGUCCAGUCCGAAAUCUGUGCAGAAUGAGCGAAAAACACGCUUGGAAGGUCGAUCUCGUACCCUGGGAUCCCAACUCCGAUGAACACGUAACUAGGCUAUUCGACCAAAGGACUGCCUGCGGCUGGAGGGCGGAUGAGGUGUUGGCGCAGGACCAUCCCGACCGCGACAAGCUCUUGGCGCUGCACUUUGCCGAAUACCCCCAAUGCGGGGCCGGGCUCGGACGCCGACGGGAGCACCGCUCCACCCGAUUGGACACUUGGCCCUCGACUUCCACCCCCAGCGAGGACGAAGCCAUGGGUCUACCGCCGACGGGUGUGACGUGGUUGCAUCAACUCUACGUCUCGUACGCCCUGCAAAAGGGCGGGUUGGGCGCGGCGGCCAUGGCCAACGCCGAGAGGAUCGCGAGGCUGGAGCCCUACAAUGCGUCCAUCAUGGCGCUCGAUACUCUGCAGAAAAAGAUUCAGCUGAGCGAUACUCUCCAAAAGGUCGUUUACGAUGACAGGGGGCUUCCUCGACGAACUGUUGCGAACGAAGACUGGUACCAACGUAUGGGCUACGAGAUAUUUGCUGAAACCAGUGAAGGUUACGUGCUAAAGCACCUCGGAGGUGCUCUUGUCCUCGAGGUCGCGUUUCUCAAAAGAGCUUGUGUUAGGUUGCAGUACAUGCGUUUUCGCUAG